UUUUGGCUUCUGAAAAGGAAACGCUACUAUAUUACAGUUUCCCUUUCCACCCCUCUCUCUCACUAACCUCUCUCUCUCACACUAACUAGCGCACAUAUACACACACUAAGCUCGUCUAUACUACGCAAACGCGAAUCCUCUCUCUCUCUAACACGAAGCCCUAACUUAAACAGAUUUCGCCAUGAGAGGGACAAAAUCGAAGGCCGAGACUAAGAAAGCUGAUAGCAGGCUUGCUGUGAAGAAAGGAGGUGGAAAGGUUGAGAAAAAGACUAGUACUAGCAAAAAAGCUGCAAAGGAUCCUAACAUGCCGAAGAGGCCACCUAGUGCGUUUUUCGUUUUCAUGGAGGACUUCAGGAAGACGUUCAAAGAGAAGAAUCCUAACAACAAGUCUGUGGCCGCUGUUGGAAAAGCUGCUGGUGAAAAAUGGAAAUCAAUGUCAGAAGCAGAGAAAGCUCAAUAUGUAGCCAAAGCAGAGAAAAGGAAAGUCGAAUACAACAAGAAUAUGGAUGCUUACAAUAAGAAAUUGGCUGCAGGAUCAGCUGAUGAAGAAGAAUCAGACAAGUCGAAGUCUGAAGUGAACGAUGAGGAUGAUGAGAGUGGAGAGGAAGAAGAAGAAGUAAUGAACGGCGGCAAUUGUAGCGGCGGAAGCAAUGGUAUGUUUGUGAAAGUUAUGACAGAUGAUCAAUUGGAGACUCUCCGUAAGCAGAUCGCCGCUUAUGCCACCAUUUGCGAACAGCUUGUUCAGAUGCACAAAUCCCUCACUUCUCACUCCGAUCUUCCUGCUGGAGGAGGAGGAGGAGGAGCGAGGUUGGGAAACUUGUACUGUGAUCCAUUGAUGACAUCUGCAGGGCAUAGAAUAACAGGAAGACAGAGGUGGACGCCAACGCCAAUGCAACUUCAGAUACUUGAGAGAAUCUUUGAUCAAGGGAAUGGAACGCCGAGCAAACAAAAGAUUAAGGAUAUAACUGGAGAAUUAUCUCAACAUGGACAAAUCUCAGAGACUAAUGUCUAUAACUGGUUUCAGAACAGGCGUGCUAGAUCAAAGAGAAAGCAACACCAACCAAAUACUACUCCUAAUACUAAUAAUACUGAAUCAGAAGUGGAGACAGAGGUUGAAUCAACAUCAUCACCAUCACAUAAUGAGAAGAGAGCCAAGGCAACUGAUCAUGAUUUUCAUCGGCCCCAUAAUCAUCAUGAGGAUAAUAAUAUGUUUCUACAAAACCUUGAGAUGAUGCAUUCUACAGGCGGCUUAGAUCAUCAUUCACAUGAAAACAUUAGGCCAGAAAUGAUGAUGAUGAAACCACCAUCUAAUAGUGCUGCUGCUGCUGCUGCUGCUUCGAAAUUAUCGAUGUCAUACUAUGACACUAUGCUUUCGAAUCCAAGAAUGGAUCAAUUGAUGGGGAAAAUGGAAAUGUCUGGAGAUGGUGGUUAUAACCCUUAUUUGCAGACAGAUGACUACAACAUGACAAAUUGAUCUCUCUAUAAGAAAGAACAUGUUGUAUAGAUUUUCUUGGUUGGUUGGUUGGUUGGUUGCAUUUGGGUUUAGUUUGUGAUAACAUGUUAAUAGAAGUAUAAGAAGAAGAAGAGUGUUUCAUAUAACUUUGACAAAUUCAAUUGGAACCAUUUGGAAGGGAAUUGUAAGCCAUGUAUAGUAAGUAGUAGUAGUUCUUGUUCUGUUAAUGUCUGGGUAAUUGCUAUUAAUGAUCACUAUCAACUAAAGGUUGCAUUAGGGUU